AUGGCAAAACUGACUGAUGAUGUCGAAUACGAUGCCGACGAAAUGUUUGAGAAUGUACCAAGUCGACUAUCGGAUGCUGGGAAUCAUGACAACUAUUAUGACAGACGACUUCAGACUAGGUGCGUUCUUCAUAGUCGCCUUGACAACAAGACCGAUUUGCGACGACGAGGUCAACCCACUUCUAUACAUCGAAAGAAGACUGUGACACCAUAUUGGUCUUCAUAUCUUCAAGAAAAAUUGGGUUUCACACAAUCUCUUGGCUCAUAA